GAGUCUCAGUCUCAGUCGAGCUGGUGUGUGUGUGUGUGUGUGUGUGUGUGUGUGAUGAUCUGCUUCAGCAUGAGGACUCUUUCUGUCGGCUUUCUCCUGCUGCUGUCCAUCUGGAGCAUGUGUGUACGGGCUGACAGCGGGAAGAUACGACAGAAGCGUGCAUGGAUCAUUGAUUCGUUUACUAUCGAGGAAGAAUACACUGGUUCGUUACCAUAUAAAAUAGGCAAGGUUGAACUUGACAGGUCUUAUUUAGUAAAUUACAUAUUACACGGUCAAGGUGUGGAUCAAGAUCCAAUGAAUAUUCUCAGCAUUGACAAAUCAGGUUUUGUUUUAGUACAUGGAAGGCUGGACUAUGAAACCGGCCCUAAAAUCCUCCAUUCGACAUUUGAAGCAAGAAAUGAAUCCAAUAAUGAGCUGGAUACAAAACUUGGGCUUGAGAUCAAAAUACUGGACAUAAAUGACAACGCACCUACAUUUCAAAAGUCAAUCUAUGAAGUGACUGUGGACGAGUCACAUGAUCAAGGUAAAGAACUACUGACUGUACUGGCGUCUGAUCAGGAUGAUUCAAGUACAGACAACGGAACAUUUGUUUUCACAAUCAAGUCUGUCACACCAAAGACAGAUAAUGUUGAAUUUUAUAUUCAGCAGCAAAAAGAAUCUGGGACAAUUUAUUUUAAGGGUUGCUUGGACUAUGAGAAAGCUCAGAAAUAUACCAUCCUUCUUGAAGCAAAAGACAAAGGGGAAAAGAUACAGCUCUCAAGUACAAGUACACUGAUAAUCAAUAUUUCAGACAAUAACAACAAUCUUCCAGAGUUCUCUGGCAAAACAGGACCAGGGAAGGUCAAGGAGAGAGAAACUGGGGUUGAAGUUCUGCGACUGCAGGUAACAGACAAAGACGUCCGUGGUUCGAAAGCUUGGAAAGCCAAAUACACAAUCCAUGAAGAUAAAAAAAAAAUAUUCAAAAUAGAAACGGACCCCGUUACAAACGAAGGGAUUUUAACAGUUGUAAAGCAAACUGACUACGAGGAGCAAACAAAUCACAAUCUGUCCAUCAGUGUGCAGAAUGAAAUUCCUUAUUUUUCCUGCAAGAUUAAAAAUAAAGUACCAAAUGCCAUGUGGGUGCUCGACAAAAUACCCCAAAGCUCUGAGAUAAGUGCUGGAAACCUCUAUAACCGUAUUCCAGUGACCAUUUACGUAGAAGAUGUCAAUGACCCUCCAGUGUUUAUACCCCCUGUGAAACACGUCGUGGUAAUGGAGAACAUUGAUGUAGGAACAAGUCUUACAACCUUCACCGCUAAAGACAUGGAUGGAAGCCACGUAAACACAUUUAAAUUUGUUAAAGGUGAAGAUAUUGAUAAAUGGAUAACUAUUGAUGCAAAGACUGGAAAAGUAUCCACAAUUAAAAUUCUGGACAGAGAGUCACCAUUUGUGAAAAACGCCACCUAUACGGCAACCCUGUAUGCUGUGGAUGAAGGUGUCCCUCCGCUGACAGGCACUGGAACUCUAGUCAUUCACCUGAAUGAUCAAAAUGAUAACGUACCAAUAUUGGAAAAAAAUGUAGUCACUAUUUGUAUAGAUAAAGAACCCACACUGGUCAACAUCACAGCAGUAGACCUGGACUUUCCUCCAUAUGGAUCACCUUUCUACUAUGAGCUUUUAGGAGAUGUUAAGGACAAAUGGAGGGUUGAACCAGCUCAUGGCACAACAGUGAGUCUCGUUAAAGAAAAACAUGUUUAUUCAGGCCAUCACCUCCUCCAGAUCAAGAUAUCAGACCAGCAGGGACUGUACUCCAUCCAGAACCUGACGGUCACGGUGUGUGACUGCUCUUUAACUCCUAACUGUCACGUCAGGAUGGUCUCGCAUGCUCGGAUGGGGCCUGUUGCUGCCUGGAUGGUUAUUCUUGCGAUUCUGAUUCUUACAGCAAUGUGCUUAGUAAGUCUAGCAGUGCCUUGCAAGGAAGAGAAAAAAAUGAUUAUGAUGGAUGAUGGGCUCGGUCAUCUCAUCACAACAAAUACAGAAAAUCCAGGAACAGACUGCACGGUGUCUUCUAGCAAAGGUAUUCACAAAACCGACGUAAACGGUAUAAAGGCAACUAAAAAUGUCAAUUCAAGCCAGAAGGUCACAAAACAAACAGUGAUGUAUAAAGGACAGCAGGCUGUUUCACAGACUCCAUCAUCGCUCUACAAUGAGCAGAUGUUCAACCGCUCUACCUAUAGAAAUUCCACAAGACGUUCAUACAGAAAAAAUGUUCAGCAAUCGAGCGCCAGAUCAAGCGUUAGAAGCAAUUAUUCCUUCAAGAUCAAUGCAUCUUACCUGGGUGAAAACCUCGCCGGACUCAUUAACCAGAAAGUACUUGCUCUCCAAACCCGUGAUGAGGAACAUGGUAUUUACGAACCGCACUGUUACACAGAUGAAGGACAGCCUAUGGCCAGAGAUGAACUGGAUGCAAUAUCCAUUUCUGAGGAUGACUUUCAUCCAGACAUGCUUAAAAAUCUGGACAGCAGGUUCUGUCAGUUAGCAACAAUCUCCAGACCUGACCUGAUGAAGAGGUGACGGCUAUCUCAGAAAGUGUAGCCUAACUAUAAAUAUUUAGGACAAAAUGCAUCAGUUCUACAGUAUCAGCGAUGAUAAAUGAUGAUAACCACAGUUGCAUUUCCUGAAUGUAAAAAUACAGUGUUUGCGAAGCAACAAAGGAAUAGAAUUAAUAGCUUUAGGUGAACUCAGGUUUUUUGCUUUUAUUCUGUUUAUUCUGAUUCAGUAUUUUUUUUGUUCAUGCGGAAAAAUCCGAAGACAUUUAAUCCGAAAUAUGGUGUUGCAAUUAUUUGAUGAGUAAGAUUACAUGGGUGGAGGUUGAAAGUAACGUUUUUAGUUGCUGAUAAGCGUGUUUGAAGAGAAUGUCUAUCUUGACUUUGUCAUGCAAACCCCUGACAUAUCUAGGUCUGUUGUUCCCCUGGGCAGGAAACUGCUCUGUUCUUUCAGGUUUUAGGUUGUUUUAAGUGUUUUUAAUACUUUAUUGUAAAAAUGUGUAACUUUGAUCUAUUUUUGGAUUGUUUUAUUUGAACACUGAUGUAUGGGAAUCAAACUUUUAAUAAAACUCUACUGAAACAUUAAA